AUGACUCAGCUGUCACCCAAUAUCCUGCUGCGCUGCACGAUCCUCGACUCCCACGGCUCGAUCAAGACGAUCUCGGGUCUUUUUCGGAAAAGCGAUUUGUGCUCGCGCCACGGCCUCGAGCCGCGCGACUUGCGCAAGAUUGACUCGCGCGUCCCGAAUCUUGUGCCGACGAUUCUUGCGCGACGCAGUGGCAUUCUGAUAAAUGUACUGCAUAUCCGCGCCAUGGUCAAAUCCGACGCCGUGCUCCUCUUCGACAGCUACGGCGCUGCAGACUCGCGCGUCCACUCGGCGUUUGUACAGAAUCUGGAGCACAAUCUGUGCUUGAAUACGUCGUCCCUUCCGUACGAAUUCCGCGCUCUGGAAUCUAUUCUUGCGUCUGUCCUGGAAGCACUUCGAUCCGAGCUUGGCUGGCUGCGCCUCGUGGUGGACGAUUUGCUCGAGGCACUGGAAGACGAUAUUGACCGCGAAAAACUGCGCAUGCUGCUGCAAAUAUCGAAAAAGUUGAACGGAUUUCUGAGCCGCAGCCGCGGCAUCAAGCUUGCCGUGACAGAAGUGGUCGAAUCUGACGAAGACAUGGCGUUGAUGUACCUGACUGAUGCGAAACUAGGCAAUCCGCGCGACGAACAGAGCAACCUGGAGGAGCUCGAGCUGCUCCUCGAGAGCUUCGAAAAGCAAGUGGAAGAAGUUUUGGCCGAGAUCGAGCAGAUUUACGCAAACGUGAACAACACACAAGAAAUUGUCGAGCUGAUUCUGGACAGCAACCGCAACAGGCUGCUCGCCUUGGAUUUGCGCACGAGCAUCGUGACGCUAGGCGUGUCUACCUCGACGCUCUUUGUCGGCCUGUUCGGCAUGAACUUGACCUCACACUUGGAGGAAGAUCCGUACGCAUUCUAUAUUCUCAGCGGCAUUGCAUACGUGAUGGCAAUUGCCGUGGUGGUCGCUGGCUUGCGGCGUCUUUCGAAAUUGCGGCGCAUCGGCUUGUCCAGCAGUGCAUCCUUUGACAACAAGCCUGACGAGCAUCACAUCUCGCAUGCACGCGCCUGGUGGUGGCGCGAAAACCAAUUCCGUGUCAUUCGCCGCGAGCGGAACUCGGCGAUGAAAUACACGCAUCCAUCCCCGUACCCAUACCCCGAGCACAAUCCCAACGCUACACCACUGGAUCCUGCAGAGCUAAAUACAGAGCCCAAGCGGGAAAAAAAGGGGAAAUGA